GCUCACGCCACACUGUCUGUGGUUCUCUGCUCGUCAAGUUUUCUUUUCCUUCAGUUCCGAAACGAAAGCGCAUUGUAAGUGUCAAAGCUAAUUGCGGCCGCCGCUGUCCUUGACGCAGGUUUUUGACCAGGACUAAACCUCGGUGGAUGAGCUAAGCUGUGGUGUAUUCGUAGCCAAAGUCGACGAUUGUUGUUCUGUUGCGUUCACGAUAAUAACAAUGCUGCUGCCGCAUGCGAUUGCAGUGCUAUUCUUGACGGCAUCUCUCCAACCAUGCGACUCGUCCGAAGCAUCCGGGACCAGAGCGUUGACGUUGGCUUAUCAAGAGGCACCCACUGCUGGUCAAAAUGUCCCCAUGGGACUAGCUGUGCCCUCGGCUACAGUGCCAGCUGCCAUAGUUUGGAGCUCGGGUAUAGAGGGAAGCGGUCAUCAAGAUAUCGGAAACAUUGCCUCCUCCCCUAGCAACAUUGACCCGGCCUCCACUACGAUCACAGUACAACUCGGAACCACUGGGAGACGGGGUGACCACAAGGGCAAUGUGCCCGGAGGCAAGAAGAAGGGGAUGAGCGGACGGCUGAUCGCAGUAGCUGUCAUACUUCCAAUCAUGUUCAUCGGUCUGCUUGCCCUCAGCGUCCUUUAUCUGCAUGGUGCACGCUUGGUCAAACGCCCGCUGAACACUUCCCACAGCAACACCAGCAAUACAGCACGGAAUCGUGCCGCAACUCUCCACUUCGAAAAUGGCGACUCUAAGUCUGACGCAGCUCGAGCAUGGGGUGACGGCGAAGGCCGGACGAGCCAGUGGGUAGAUAUUGAGUUGCAGUGAAGAGCUACAAUGCUACGUGUUCAAGUGCUUCACCAGUAGAACAGCAUGCAUGUCUUCAACCAUGUACCCUGUGUGUGCGUGUGCGCGCGUGUAUGUGUGUGUGUGUGCGUGCGUGUGUGUGUGUGUGUGUGUGCAUGCGUGCAUGUUGCAUUGGUGUACGUGUGUGGAUGUACAUGUGUGUUUGUGCAUAUGUGUGUGUAUGUGGAUGUGCGUUUAAAAUGGAUGUGUGCCGUGGGUGGUGCAAAAUCGGGCUUUCUGAGUUUUGUAGUUUUGGCAGUUGCUACCUGCCUCAAAUCUUGAUUUGUUUCAUUCAGAUCUUUCUCUGUUUUCGUUGCCAUGAGACCACAGCUGAUGGCAUUCAUCCAAUUCACUUCCAGAAAUGCA